UCCUGGGCGCUGCGGCUCCCCGCGAUGCCGGUGACUUUCGAGGACGUCGCGGUGCACUUCAGCAGGCAGGAGUGGGCAAGCCUGGACGAUGGGCAGAAGGAUCUGUACAGGACCGUGAUGGAGGGCAACUACGAGACGCUGGUGUCCCUGUACUGCGCCCUAUCCACGCCUGAACUCCUAUCUCGGAUCGAAAGAGGAGAAGAGCUGUGCAUGGCGGUGGAGUCAGACCUGGAGGCAGCAGAUGUAUCUCCGCAGCCAGCCGUAGAGCCAGAGCGCCCGAGCUGCGCGAGCGACGAUGGUCUGCUGGAGAUGAAGACAAAGGAGUCUUGCGAGGGGAACUGUAAGGACCCAGAGGAAAGCAGGAGCCUGGCGGUGACAGCGAACUGCAGUGCGCCACACGUCCCUGAGGAAGCCACCGCUGUCCCAGCAGAUCUCAGCCAGCCACCCCCCUCCCCUUCCUGCCCUCUCUCCACGUGCUGUCAUGAAGCGGUGAAUCUGAACCGGUCCCCAUCGCCUCCCCCCGCAGCAGCAGAUGCCGAGGUGGGGAUCCCAACGGAGGUGCCGCAGGAGGAGGUCGCUGCGGAGAAGCCGGCAGCGCCCGCAACGCCCUCGAAGGGUCUGGAAGAGGACGUGAAAGAUGCGGGGAAUUGUGGCCAGGGUCCGGCAGCAGACGUUGCCGAAGAGCCGGGUAAGGAGGCGGUACCAGAUGUCUGCAGAGCGACGGCACGGGCAGAUGCCAGCUGCGCGGUCGCCUCCCCGGCGCCGCCCGUGGAGGGCUCCUGCGUGGGUCGGACUGCUGCCUGCCAGCGAAACUCCACCCGGGAGAAAUUCUACUCCUGCCCCGUGUGCAGGAAGAACUUUUUGCUGAAGAUCAACCUCGUCAUCCACCAGUGGAGCCACAGCAACUGGGUGCCCUACGUCUGCGCGCACUGCGACCGGAGCUUCAUGUCCAAGAAGAAAAUCCGGCGUCACCUCCGGGCCCGGGCGGCCAAGGGCUUCUGCCAGCCCUCGGAGGCGGAGGAGUGCUCCAGCCGGGCCCCGCGCCCUGCUUCCCAGUCCCGAGCCCCGAGCAGGGACUGCGGCACAGUGUGGGGGAAGCCCAGCCCCAACAGGUACCCGCUGUCGCCUGGGAAAAUGAUGUAUACCUGCAACGAAUGCAUGGAGAACUUCUCCAGCCAGAGCUUCCUGAUCCUGCACCAGCGACUGCACACUAACCACCACCUCAUCCUCUGUCCCUGCUGCAACAGGAGCUUCACCUGGGCCUCCGACUUUGUCCGUCACCACCGGAUGCACACCGGCGAGCGGCCCUACCAGUGCGGCGUGUGCCAGAAGACUUUCAAGCGGCAGUACCACCUGAUGGUGCACCAGAGGAUCCACACGGGCGAGCGUCCCUUCCAGUGCCCUGCCUGCGGGAAGAGCUUCAACGAGAAGUCCAACCUCAACAAGCACUACCGCAUCCACACCGGGGAGCGUCCCUACUGCUGUCCCGCCUGCGGCAAGGGCUUCAUCCAGAAGCACCACCUCCAGAAGCACCAGCGCAUCCAUGGGGUGCAGCUGCGUGGCGGGUGGGCUGGCCGGCCCGCACGGGCCAGCACCGCCGGGGAGCGGCUCUACCGCUGCAUCGAGUGCGCGGAGAGCUUCCCCCAGAAAACAUCGCUGGAGGAGCACCAGCGCCGGCACACCCAGCAGCGGCCCUUCCAGUGCAAUGGCUGCAGCAAGAGUUUCCGGCACCGGCAGUCUCUGAACCACCACCAAAAGGUCCACGCUGUUUCCAGUUCUCCUGCCGUCAGCUUGUCGAACCAUGACCAGGAGACCAGUCCCUGCAAAGCUUUGACCCAGGAUAAUCCAUAACGUGAGGGCUGGAGAAGGGAAGGGGCAGCGUUUCUCCAGCCUGCGACGACGGGACACACCAGGCAACUGGUGUUGCACCGCCGCGGGGCUCUCUGCAAUGCCGUGGGGCUUGUGGUACCACCGCGUGGUUCUCCACAACGCCAUGGAGCUCGGCACCACCUGGGUCUCCAGGAGGAGGAGGACUGAGGCAGGCUGAUGUGCUGCGCGGGCAGGGAAUCGCGUGGGGGGGGUAAAGAGACUGGCCCAAAAGGCAGCAGAGGAGGUUCGGCAGCUGGGGCCGAGCCGGGUUGUGCCGCUGCCCUGUGGAAGGGGGAUUCGGCUGAGGAGCAGCUGUGUCGCGUACAGUGGCGCGGGGAGUGGAGCAGUUGAACUCAGGGUUAUUUAAACACUACCAGCGUGGAGGUGGCGUGGGGGUGUUCGGUGGCCCGGGUAGGGGCUGUUGUGGCUGGGCAGCAGCCAGGGUCAUCGGAUGAGCUGGGAAGAGACGCGGA